AUGGAAAAAGGUGCUUAUCAUUCUCGAUAUGAUAUAGAUGAACCAGAUGAUUUAAGCACUUUACUUGGAACAAAUGCAUUCCUUACACAAAGCAAGAUCAUAAUAACCACAAGACGUCUAGAUAUAGAUGUGUGGUUUAGGUCCAUAUCUUGGAGGUGUAAGGUGCACAAACUCGAACUCUUGGAUGAUUUUCAAUCAUUAGAGCUUUUAAGUUUGCAUGCCUUUGGAUCCAAAGUUCCUAUGGAAGGUUUUGAGAACCUCGCAACACAAGUAGCAAAAUAUUGUGAAGGAAAUCCAUUGCCUCUUAAAACAAUAGGUUCUUCUCUAUAUGUUAGCGAUGAAGACCCACAUAAAAGAAACACCAUGAAGAAAUUUGGCAAGAUACAAUAA